AUGACUGAUGAAAUAUCAGUACUUACUGAUGAUCAGAAAAUAACUCGAUAUAAAUUUAUUAGACAAAUAUCAAAAGAAAAUGAAACGAUUGGUAAUUAUUUAAACGAAAUAUUUUAUAUUUGUACAGAUGAAAAUCGUCAAAAUCGUGUUGAUACGUAUAAAAGAAUCUUGGAUGAAUGCCCAUUUGGUAGUAUUGAAAGAAAACAAUUAAUGGAAUAUUAUGCAAAAUUAAUGGAUUUAGAACGUCGUGUAAGAAAAUUUGAUAAUGCAAAAUUUUACAAUGAAAAAAUUGAAAAUCCAAACAGUACAGCAACAGCUGAUCGUUUUGAUUAUGUUUUUUCUCGUAUGCAAAAAGAAAAUGUUCCAUUAGAAAAAGUUAAACAAUUUUUUAAUGAAAGUGCUUAUGCUAUUUUCAGUUUAACAAUGCAUCCAACAAAUCCAACAUCCAUGGAAUAUACAAUUAAAGGUGGAAUUGAAUUUGAUAAAUAUUUAGAUAAACAUAUGGAUUAUGAACAACAUUUGAAAUUAGUUGAAACUUUGCCAUUAACUGGACAGAAAAAAACAAUUGAACAAGAAGUUCAAGAAACAAUGGCUAUUCUUGAUGUUAUUUAUGAAACAGCACCUAAAUUACGUAUUAAAUUAAUUAAAGCAUUAGAAAAUAUUGAAUCUUAUGUUGAUAUGGUUGAUGUUGAUUCACCUAUAAUACAAGUAUCGAUAUGGCCAGCUGGAGAUGGAGAUGGAAAUGAAAAUGCUGAUGUUUAUGCAUUAAAACAAGCUGUUCAACAAUUAAAACAACGUAUUAAACAAUUGUACAUAAAUGAUAUUAAACAAUUAUCAUCAAAUAAGAAAAUAAAUAUUCAAAACAGAUUACUCAAUAAUUUAUAUAAAACAAUUGAUGAUCUUAUUGAUGAUUUAAAAACUAUACCUCAAACACAAGAUCUUAUUUACAAAAUAAAAACUUUUCGUUUUCACUAUGCUCAAAUUGAUAUUCGUCACAAUGCUGAUGAUAUAAUGGAAACUCUUGCUCAUUUAACACAAGUUAAUGGUUUAACUGAAAAUUUUCUCACGUUAUCAUUAGAAGAUCAAAAAAAAUCUAUUAUUGAAUGGUUAAAUAAUGAUAAUAUUAUUGAAAAAUUAAUGUUUACUAAUGAUGAAAUAUUAAAUAAAAGUAGUAAAACAGCUGCACGUGUAUUUGGUCGUUUAAAAUUAAUUAAAAAUGAUCUUGAUAUAUUUAAUAAAUUAAUUAUAGCUGAAACAAAUUCAACAGUUAAUGUUUUAGCUGCAUUUUUAUUAUUAAAAGCAUCUGGAAAUAUUGUAGCAGAAAAAGAAACAACCAUUGACAUUGUUACAUUAAGUGAAUCAGUUAAAGAUUUAGUAAAUUUACCGAAUUUAAUAUCUCAAUUGAUUGAUGAUCCAAUUUAUCGAAAACAUUUAUUUUAUCGUGAAAAAUUAAUUAUAAUGAUUGCUAAAAGUGAUACAGUUCGACGUAAUGGUCGUGGUGCUGAAUCAUCACAAGAAGAAGCAUCGGGAAAAUUAUAUGCGAUGCUUGAACAAUUUAAAAACAAAUAUCCUGAAUUAAAGAAUUUAAAAAUUCAUGGUUUUAGUGGUGGUGGUGCUGCCUUACAACGCGGUGGUGGACGUGUUACAGAAGUAGCUCAUAAUCAUGGUCGAGUUGCACGUUAUUUUCAUGCUAAAACUAUGGGUCCAUCAUUAUUAACAAUUCAAGGUCAUCAAAUGCAAAUAUUAUUUUCUCCAUCAUCGAUUGCUUUAAAUACAUUAGAAUCAUUAGUAGCACAAAAUCUUCAUGCACGUGCACAAACUGAAUUAAAACCGAAUGGCGAACAUUAUGUUUUGCCACGUCGAGCACCAAAUGGUUAUGAUGAAACAAAAAAUAUUGAAAAUUUUCAUAAAGCUUGCCAAGUUAUGCGUCAAGCUUAUUUUGAUUAUAUGGGAGAUUUAGAUAAUGAUAAAGAUCAAAACUCAGGAAAUUAUAAUUUUAAUCAAUUAUUUGCCAAUGCACCAUGGGUGUCAGUUAUUUUAGGAAAUUUAAGUUCACGUCCAUCAAAGCGUGGUGGUAUUAGUUCCAUUAAUGACAAUAUAACUGUUAGAUAUUUAAGAGGUGAAAACCCGAAAUUACUCAACAAUCGUGCUAUUACUGUUGAACGAGUAUGUGCACAUAGUGGAACUCAUUUUCUUAAUUAUUUAAGCGUAUCUGAAGGAUUAAAAAGUCUUAAUUAUGAUGAACUCCAUGAUAUGUAUCUCUGUAGUAAAUCGUGCCGAGAUUUUAUGCGUAAUACAGCAUUAUCAUUACAUAUGACUGAUUUUGAUAUAGCUUGGCUUACAAUGAUUGGUGAAGUACAUCCAAAUAAAACUGAACUUGUUUCAUUAGCCAAAAAUUUCAGCACAAAUAGAAAGACAAAAAAUACCAAUAAAGAAACAUUAGCAUGGCUUGAAUUAUAUGCCUAUGAUGUUGCUAAAUUAGUGUAUAAAUGUAUUUUAGAUAAAGAUCCACCGGAUAAUUUUGAUUUACAAACACCAUUAAAGUCUGGUUUUUCAAAUUUAUCACAACAAUUAAAAAUGAGAGAAGAAUCCGAUGAAUUCGGACGAUAUGCUCAAGCUGUUAUGACGGAUUUUAUGAAUAAGGAUUUAGACUUUGUUUUAGGUACAAAUGAAACUUUCGCAUUACAAGCGUGUUAUGCUGCUGCUGAUGUUGUUAAUGCACCAGAAGGUGGAUUAAAUAUUGAACUUACAAGAAAAACACCGUUUUGA